CCUCAGUCGGACGCCAUAUGAACGACCCACUUUUCCGUCCAGCGCUCACAUCACACAUCUCAGUACGAGUCUUGGUUCGCCCCAGUGCGUGUUUGUCACGGGUUCGCUCCGAAAACGUUUUCGGUUGCUUACGCACUGCGGCGCAGCAGCACACCGACGUGAACAUGUCGAGAUGGAUUUUAUGAGGCUGUUCGGCACCCUGAUCGCCUUCCUCUUCCACAAUGGGUGCGCUUCUAAAAUCAAUGGCCAAAGGAUUUGUCGGCGAGGAACGGAGCGCCCGUGCUACAAGGUGUCCUACAUUCAGGACAGCAGGCGGAGGCUGACUUUUCAAGAUGCCAGGCAGGCCUGCAGGGUGGAUGGAGGAGACCUGCUCAGCAUCGAAACGGAGAGUGAGCAGCGGCUGAUCGAAAGGUUCAUACAGCAGCUCCACGCAGCUGAUGGAGAUUUCUGGAUUGGACUUCGCCGCAGCCCUCAGCGCUUUAGGACUGGGAGUGCCAACCCGGGAUGCCCCUCCCAGUACUUCUGGCUGGACGGGAGCAAAGCCAAGUUCAGGAACUGGCACUGGGAUGAGCCUUCCUGCGGCGGUGAAAUGUGUGUAGUUCUUUACUACCAGCCCUCUGCACCACCUGAUGAAGAAGGACAUUUCCUGUUCCAGUGGAAUGACGACAACUGCAACACCAAGAACAACUAUGUCUGCAAAUAUCCUAAAGAAAAAACACCAGUAUUUACAGAAGCAGGGAACGCCGCACAUGCAGUUCCAACUUUGGUGCCAAAUAUAUUCUUUACAACAUCAAGCGGUGAGACGAUUAAAGUGGGAAUGCCUGAGUCAUCAGUGUCCUUCUCUGACAACACCCUGUAUGUUCCCUACAUCCUGUAUGGAACCAUUCCUGCUCUACUGCUGCUGUUGCUUGCAGUUUCUGGCUUCUUUUGCUACAAACAAGCAAAGCGGAGGAAGUCAGAGACCAAAAGCUCCACCGGCCAACCAAAGCCCUGGAUGCCCACAGAAGCGUCAUCUUGCCCCAUUCAAGGACCCUAUGCCUUCAGUGACAUCACCAAACUUUCUCACCUUGCUCCAGACAGCACCCUGCCAGCAGACUUCAAAACAAAGCACCCCUAUGCUUCUACCAAGGACCCCCAGUGGAAUGAUUAUGAGAAUGUAUUAUUGGCGGACAGGGAGAGUGGCUUUGUGACUAAUGACAUCUACGAGACCAGUGUAGCUCAGAGUCGACACUGUCGCCCUCAGCCAGGUUGGGUUGAAAAUGAGAUAUAUGGGUAGCAUAGUUCAAUACUAUGUGACCUACCUGGUGCCAACUAAGGAAUAUUAUCCGGCCGAACUGAGGGAUGCAGUGUUCUUUAUCCUGAUUACGUCUUAUAUACCACAUGCCUGGUGCAGGAUACCUGAACAUGUGGCUGUGACUGGAAAGUAUACCCACUUUGUGCAUCUACAUCCAGGUCCUACAGUGGAACUAAUAGGACUUUGGACUCACUUUAAUGUCGUACUUAAGAUACAUUAUAUGGGCAUAAGUAUUGGAAUACUCCUAUGGAUCAAAUAAUUAAUCAAUCAGGGAAGGUGCUAGCUCCUUAAGUUCAUCUGGCACUUUUCCGACUUUAGAGGUUGGAUCAGAGCCGGAAUCGAGACAGGAUGUCGUCACUCAUUUAAUUACACUAUAUUCCCAAAAGUAUUCGUUCACCUCCCUUGACUCACAGUUGAUCUGAAGUGACAUCCCCUUCAUAAUCAAUAGGGUUUAAUAUGACAUUGGUCCACCUUUUACAGCCGUAACAGCUUUAACUCUUCUGAAAAAGGCUUUCCCAAAGGUUCAGGAGUGUGUGUAGGGAAUCUUUGACCAUUCUUCCAGAAGCGCAUUUGUGAGGUCACACGGUGAUGUUGGACAAGAAGUCCUGGCUCUCAGUCUGCACUCUAAUUCAUCCCAAAGGUGUUUUAUCAGGUUGAGGUCAGGACUCUGUGCAGGCCAGUCAAGUUUAUCCACACCACACUCUCUUAUACAUGUCUUUAUGGACCUUGCUUUGUGCAUAGGUGCACAGUCAUGUUGGAACAGGAAGGGGCCUUCCCCCAACUGUUCCCACAAAGUUGGGAGCAAUGAAUUGUCCAAAAGCUCUUGGUAUGCGGAAUCCUUCAGAGUUCCUAUCACUGGAACAAAGGAGCCAAUAUUUUAGACAAUUUCAUGCUCCCAACUUUGUGGGAACAGUUCUCUUUCUAAUAUGGCUGUGCACAAAGCAAGGUCUGUAAAGACAUGGAUGAGAGAGUUUGGUGUGGAUGAACUAACUUGCCUUCUCAUCCAACAUCAAUGUGUGACCUCACACUGGAAGAAUGGUAAAAAAUUCCCAUAAACACACUCCUAAACCUCGUGGACAGCCUUCCCAGAAGAGUUGAAGCUGUUAUAGCUGCAAAGGGUGGACUGGCGUCAUAUUGAACCCUAUGGUUUAGGAAUGUGAUGUCACUUAAGUUCAUAUGUGAGUCAAGGCAGGUGAGCGAAUACUUUUGGCAACAUAGUGUAUCUGAUACUGUCUAUUUCAAAUGUUCGAUUUGCUGGAUCUCUGUCUAAUCCAUUCAGGUAGAACCAUGUUCUUCACUUUGCAAUUCCAGUUGGUGUAACAGCCAAUUCUUUUGUUCCUAUAAUGUAUUAAUUCCAAUUCAUUACAACUAAUGAGGACACACCUUGAAAAUGUAAUGUUUGUAUAAUUUUGUGCAUACUUUUCUGCUAAUAUGUUAACUAGUGGCGGCACGGUGGCCGACUGGUUAGAGCAUCAGCCUCACAGUUCUGAGGACCCGGGUUCAAUCCCCGGCCCCGCCUGUGUGGAGUUUGCAUGUUCUCCCCGUGCCUGCGUGGGUUUUCUCCGGGCACUCCGGUUUCCUCCCACAUCCCAAAAACAUGCAUGAAUUGGAGACUCUAAAUUGCCCGUAGGCAUGACUGUGAGUGUGAAUGGUUGUUUGUUCCUAUGUGCCUGCAAUUGGCUGGCAACCAGUUCAGGGUGUACCCCGCCUCCUGCCCGUUGACAGCUGAGAUAGGCUCCAGCACGCCCGCGACCCUAGUGAGGAGAAGCGGCUCAGAAAAUGGAUGGAUGGAUGUUAACUAGUUCACACAGCGUAAUAUCUGCUAAAGCUGACAAAAACAAGAUUAACAAUUCUUUUUCUUCUCUACCCCUUUAUUUUGCAAGUCUCUGGCAUUUUGUUGUUGUUGUCAUUGUGUAGGAACAGUGAAAUACAAUUAGGUGAUAGCAUACGCUUCAGUCAUCUGGGGCCCUCAGAAUUGUGGCCACACGGACUGACUUAAAAUACAGUGGUGCCUUGAUUUAUGAGUUUAAUUUGUUCCAUGACCACACUCAUAACUUAAUCAUUCUUAUCUCAAAUCAACUUUCCCCAUUGAAAUUAAUGGAAAUGCUAAUAAUUUGUUGCAGGUUUCUCCAAAAAUAAAGCAAAAUUGCAAUUUAUUUUAAAAUGUAAAUAUAAAGAUGAGAAUGCAAACAAAUGAAUUGGUUUUAUUUUUUUAUUUUUGUUCGGUGGUGGUCGAAGGGGCUGUAGGUGUAGAAUGGCAGCCACGCUUCUGUCAGACUGCCCUAGGGAAGCUGUGGUUACACAAGUAGUUUACCACUGCCAGGGUGUGACUGAGGAGUGAGUGAAUGCAUGAAAUUGUAAAGCGUCUUUGAGGCGCUAGAAAAGCGCUACAUGACUGUAAUGCAUUGUUGUUAUUAUUAUUAAGUGUAAUGAAACUGAAAGUCACAUACAGUACACACAAACUAGUAAAAACGAGUGUUGUGCCCAGUGACAGCUCGUAUCUAAAAAAAAAAAAAAAACUGACAGAAAUUUAUAUCCAUACAACUAUUUCUUUGUCUUUGGGCGCCCUGCCAGCCAGCCAGGUGCCCCCCAAAUUGUUCAGGACCCUGGGAUGGUUGUCCACCAUCCGCCCCCCACCCGCCCACCGAGUUUGACACCAAUGCGCUUGGAUGUCAGGAUGCAUAGUUUGUGAACCCAAGCAAAUAAGGAAUAUUUGUCAGAAAAAAACAUGUUUGUAAACUGAUUUGUUUGUGAAGUGAGGUUCCACCUUAUUUGCAAAUAUUUUUUUUUCCAUGUCACUGGAUUUGUGGAG